AUGGAAGAGAUUCGAGCAAGAAUUCACAAGAUAGAGCAGGAAAAUGACUCCAUGAGCAAAAGGAUUGCUGAACUGAAGGACCCCACGAGACUAACCAGAGAGGCUCUUCGUGACAGACCCAUGGAGCUGAGGGCUUAUGGCCACUUGACACUGGACGAGGCCAUAGAUAAAGUUCAUGACAAGAAUCUGAGGCUGCAGAAACAGAUAAAUGCUCUCAAUGCCAAGAAGAAGACGGAGAAAGAAAAAAUGAAACAGGAAGUAGGCGGUCAGAGCUGGAGGAAAAAUUGAAGAAAAAACAGUUAGAGUGUGAGGAGCUCAGGAGGGUCUAUGCUGAAGAGAAACGGAUCACCCAACAGGUAAAGGAGAGCAAUCUGACAUGAUCAGGAUAACAUCACCAAAAAGAUAAAUUAAGUUGUAUCUACUCUUAUCUUUUCUAAUCUAGGCAAAGGAGAGUAAUCUGACCUUGGAAAACCAGAUGAUAGAAAUGGAAAAGAAGGUCCAGAAGAAAAGAAAAGAAGUGGAGGCCUUGAAGUUGGGCCUCAGCACCGCACAGCAUCUGAAAAAGCAGGAACAGGCUGAGCUGGACAAGACGCUGAAACACUCCAAAGAGCAGGAGAGGUUACAUAAAGAAAAUAUUGCCAACCUAAAGAAAAAACUUCAGGAGCUCAAGGACCACAACCAAGAACUGGAGAGACAGCAUCUGAGAUCAGCUCAACAGAAAGCUGAAGAGGACAGCAAGAGGCUAACCUCUCCGUGCUGCCACACGAUGAAAGUCUGGAUGACUUUGAGGUCCUGUAUGACAGUGCAGAGGAUGAUCCUGACAUCCUCACCUAAGAGCAUCUGA